UGCUUCGUCAGUUGCUUUCGGGAACUGGUGUGAGAAGUUGUUCGCGUCCCUCUGGUUUUGGUAGCUCGUAGUUCGUUGCUCACGUACAGACGUGUUCCGAGUUUUUGCUCUCGACCGUGAACUGCAGUUGCUCUUAUCAGUUUUGUGCGUUGGUUUGUGUGAUCAGUGGCGUGUGUGUUGUUGGCUAUAUUAUAGAAUCUGUUUUUUUAUUGAUAUAAAAUGUGCUUUUGGAUUAUCAAUAGACGCCGGUUAUGUGACGAGUGACGGGCGGGGCGGGUGCUGCGGGAGAAAUGGCCCCUUUGUUCUCCACCUACAGACACACUUCUUACAAUUCCAUUCUGCGAGUCAUUUUCCUACUUGGAGUAUUCACUGUACGCAAUGCACAAGGGCAGUGGCGAUCCCCGCGUAUCACAGAGCACCCGGCCGACGCGGUAGUGGCGAAGAACGAGCCGGUGACGCUGAACUGCAAGGCCGAGGGUCAGCCGAAGCCCGACAUGGAGUGGUGGAAGGACGGGCAACGUGUCGACGUGUCGGCGACGUCACACCGGGUCCUGCUGCCUGACGGGUCGCUCUUCUUCCUGCGGGCGCUGCACGGCAAGAAGGAGCAUGACGAUGGCGUCUACUGGUGCGUCGCCCGCAACCUCGUCGGCGCCGCUUCCAGCCGCAAUGCUACGCUACAAGUUGCAGGAAGAAAUGACGAGAUACUACAACUAGAUUGAGGUUUUCAUCAAGAA